AUGCCGAAUCCUGACAGUGUUUGUCCUCUGUCCCCACCUGUCUCCUGCCUCCUUCCCACAGGCCUCCCCUUCUCCACCUUUGGCUUGGCGUUCCAUGAAGAAGCAAAAUCCAAUGCUUGUCAGCUAUUCCCAGAACAAGGAUCGCAGAGGUCCUCAGAGGACUCCAAGUUAGGGCAGACCGAGCAUGAAGAAUCGUGCUCAGAAACACCAGCUGGAAGCAGAAGAGCAGCAGACUCCUCCAAGGAGCCGUGCCUCGGAGAGCUGAGUCAUAAACACGAUGUUCUGGAGACAGAUGACGGUCUCUGUGUACAAGUCUCACAGGCACAAGCAACCCUACGGGAUUCUGACCAUGAUCCCCAAAGAUCAGAAAAAGAGCCUGUGGUUGAGGUAGGGAGCCUUUAUCAUUGUAAAGACUGUGGGAAAGUGUUUAGGACUAAUUGGACCUUAGUGUGGCAUUAACAGAUUCAUGCUGGAGGAGAGCCUUAUGAAUGCAGCGAUUGCGGGAAACUCUGUCGUGACAUGGCCGACUUUAUUCGGCACGUGAGGAUUCAUAGUGGGGUGAGACUACAGAAGUGCGCCUUUAAACGCGGCUCUCCCCUCAGCGACCAGUGGAUCCACACUGGAGAUAAGCCCUACCUGUGCAAAGCAUGUGGGAAAGCUUUCUCUCACCGUUCCACUCUGAUCCAGCACAGGAUGACGUGCUCCGCAGAGAAGCCUUUCCUGUGCAAAGACUGUGGCGGAGCGUUUUACUCCAGCUCCUCAUGUGCCCAGCACACGAGGAUCCAUGCUGCAAAGAAGCUGUACGCGCACAGCCGGUGCGGGAAGUCCUUCACACACUCCUCCACUUUGGUAAAACGUAGGAGAACCCACCCUGGAGAAAAGCCCUUUGUGUGCAAAGACUGUGGCAAAGCCUUCUGUGCCAACUCAUCCCUCACCCAGCACCUGAGGAUCCACACCAAACACGCUAGGACCCUUAGCGGAGCAAAACCCUUGGAAUGCAAAGAGUGUGAGAAAGCCUUUCGCUAUAGCUCCUCCCUCAUCUGA